AUGAGGGAGGAGAGGUCGCGACAGAACCUCCGCGAGCAGAAAGGCGACGCCGCGGAAAGGCGCCAGUACCGCUGCGUCUACGUGCUGCCGUGGGGCUCGUCGCGGCUGGGCCCGCCUUACGGCGCGGCGCUCAUCGUGCUCUGCUACCUCCUGCCCUUCGCCCUCAUGUGCUUCUGCCACUACAACAUCUGCCGGGCGGUGCGGCUGGCCGAGAGCCGCGUUAGGCCCCUGGCCACCUACGGGAAUCUGCUGCGUGCCUACGGGGAGAUGCGCACGGCCACCACCGUCCUCAUCAUGAUCGUCUCCAUCAUCUGCUGCUGGGGGCCUUACUGCAUCCUGGGGCUGGCAGCCGCUGCUGGCCGCCUGCCCUUCUCGCCCACCAUGGACGCGGUGGCCAGCGGAAUGGCCUGGGCCAACGGGGCCAUCAACCCACUCAUCUACGCCGCCCGCAACCCCAACAUCUCCGUGCUGCUGCGACGCAGCCGCGAGGGCGGCUACAGGACUAGGAACAACGUGGCCGCCUACCUCUCGGCCUCGGGCCGCCGGCCAGUGCCCCGCAAUCGGGCCGAGCGCGUACGGGAGCGCUAUGUCAACCGGCACGGCGGGCCCCCGGGGAGUGCCCCGUCCUCAUCCGGCCCGGCGAACGGAGGAGAGGUGGCCAUGUGGGCCUGCAAGAACCCGGCCGUGCUCUUCUGUCGGGAUGGACAGCCUGACGCCGUCUCCGAGGCUGCUUUGCAGGGCAGAGUAGACACCGUCAACACCAGCCUCUAAUGGGGUUGAGGGCUGGGAUAGCGGCAUCGGGCCCUGGGGCAGUCUCCCUGAGGAACCGUUGGUAGCCGCGGAUCUCUUGGAAAUCAGGGAGAUGGGCCUGCAUGAGCCAUAGUGUGAUUUCUUCUCCAUCAUGCAAGCUCUGAUUCGGCAGUCUGCUCUGUAAGCAGAGAGAGAUGCCAGGGAAAGGAUGUGCCCCUUUCAUCAGGCUUGGUGCAGUGGUGACGGCCACUGAGCAUCAAGAGUUUGACCGCAUGAGCGAUUGCUCCAGUCCUGCAGAAAGUGCCCAACUGGAGCUGCGGGGCAAACACACAAACAGCCUGAGGCUGUGUGAGCUGUUUGCUAAGUGCCAGCACAGCCACCGAGAGCUGAGCACUGGCAGCUGGAGCACACUCAGAGAACACCACACUGUGAAAACCGCAUCACGGCAGGAAAAUGUUGCUUUAACCCAUUGUAUGAGGCAGUGCAGAAUGUCAUAGGGUAUGGGACAGGCUAAAAAGUGAUUUGUGAAGAUGAUUAUUUAAAUUUCUAAGCAAAACAAAGCAGUGAUUGUUGUGACAGAUGCCUGCGGAGAAGGAAGAUGUGUGGCGCUGGGAGGGAGGGAAAGGAAGAUGAAAUAUGUCAGAAUUUCAACAGCCUUUUAUUUAUGGGUACAGUCAGUAUAAAAUACUGUGAGUGUGGGAAACUGAGAGCUCUGCAGGCAGAGGAAAAGGAGUGGGUGUAGUGCGUUGUAUUAAAUGGGCACAAGGUGUACUCUGAGCUCAGCAGAUGUGUCUCACAUCUCCGAUGAUUUAACUGUGCUUAGAGAAGCCAUGCAAGAGUGGUGAGUGUCUGAAAGGAGAGGCACAACAGUGCCAUGUGUGCUUGCUGUGCUUAAGCAUGUGAAGAUGUGCAUAUGCAGAGAACAGACUGUGUUGUAUCAGUGGCAAGCAUCUGUAACUGGAAUCUGAUAUUCAAAAACUAGCUCUGUUUAUUUGCCACUGGAUAAAAUGAAGGUAACACCAGGAAAUCGAAGUGCAUUUGCAAAGUGCAAAUUCAUGAGAGCUUAUCUGUAUGAUAUUUUUGCCCACAGGCUCAGAGUCCUAACGCCUUAAUCAGUGUUCAAACUCAGAGAUUGUUUUAAAUGUGAGAGGCAGGCAGUAUUUUUCUUGUAUGGUCUUCAGAAAUAUAGUGCUGCUGUUCUAUGGCUUUUUCACCUGAUUGUGACUCAAGUGAACGUACCGUCAUUAUUUUGCAGUGAGACAAGAAAUAAAUUAUCUUUUAUGCAGGAGA